GAGGGUUUGGGCUGGCCCGAGGCGGUGUCCCGCAGCGCUGGGCCCUCGGGGCCCGUAAGCGGCGAGACGUUCCCUCCCCCAGGGAGGGGUGAGGAAUGGCGGCCUGUGGCGGAUCGAGAGCCUCUGUCCCAGCCCUGCCCGGGGCAGCUGGCAGGUGCUCGGGCAACCCCAUGUCAGUCCCGGCCUUGGGGCGUGGCGUGGAUCGGCCCCCGGCUGCUCGGCUGGUAGAGGGCUGGGCGCUGGCGAGGAGGCAGGAAGGAAGCUUCAGGGAUCAUGCCGGUCCCUGUCCCCAUGCCUUCUUUUGUCCCGGGGGCAGGAGCCAGGUACCACCAAGCAAAGGAUCUGCCCCGGUUUCCGACAGAUCUUUCAGACGGAGGACACACAGAAAAAGAGCAGGAAGAAGAUAACAGUAGCACCGAAUGCAGUGAACUAGGAAUCAUGGAUCUGAAAUUCACUUCAUCAAGAAAAUACAUUUCCAUCAGUGUACCUUCCAAAUCUCAAACUAUGUCUCCUCAUAUCAAAUCAGUAGAUGAUGUUGUAGUUCUUGGCAUGAAUCUCAGCAAAUUUAACAAACCUACUCAAUUUUUCAUCUGUGUUUCUGGAGUUUUUAUGUUUUAUCUAAUCUAUGGAUAUUUACAGGAAUUGAUAUUUUCAGUGGAAGGUUUUAAACCUUUUGGUUGGUACCUCACUUUAGUGCAAUUUGGAUUUUAUUCCAUUUUUGGACUAAUAGAAUUACAGUUGAUUCAGGACAAAAGGAGAAGAAUUCCUGGAAAAACCUACAUGAUAAUAGCAUUUUUAACAGUGGGAACUAUGGGUUUGUCAAAUACCUCUUUAGGAUAUCUGAAUUACCCUACUCAAGUCAUCUUCAAGUGCUGUAAGCUGAUUCCAGUUAUGAUAGGAGGGGUUCUGAUACAAGGAAAACGUUAUAAUAUUGCAGAUGUGUCUGCUGCCCUAUGUAUGAGUCUUGGAUUAAUAUGGUUUACUUUAGCUGACAGCACAGUUGCUCCAAACUUCAACUUGACAGGUGUGGUCCUAAUAUCCCUUGCCCUCUGCGCAGAUGCAGUUAUAGGAAAUGUACAGGAAAAAGCUAUGAAGUUGCACAAUGGUUCUAAUUCAGAAAUGGUUUUGUAUUCCUAUUCAAUAGGUUUUGUGUAUAUUUUAUUUGGAUUAACAUGCACUAGUGGAUUAAGCCCCGCAGUAACCUUUUGCUCAAAGCAUCCAGUGCAGACUUACGGUUAUGCAUUCCUUUUCUCCCUGACUGGGUAUUUUGGCAUAUCCUUUGUUCUAGCUUUGAUUAAAAUCUUUGGUGCCCUUCUGGCUGUAACAGUAACAACAGGAAGAAAAGCAAUGACCAUUGUGCUUUCCUUUUUGUUCUUUGCAAAGCCAUUCACGUUACAGUAUGUGUGGUCAGGCUUACUGGUUGUCCUUGGUAUAUUUCUUAAUGUUUACAGUAAGAAUAUGGAUAAAAUCAAAUUGCCUUCACUGCAUGGUCUUUGGAAAAAAAGUGUGGAAGAAAGAAAAACAAGGACGUUGUCACAAACAGUAUAGACAGUGGUUUAUGCCUUGUCUAGACUAUGACUUACUGUUAUUUUAUUGGAACAGUCGUCAACUGAUUCACUUUCCAAAGGGAACGUUAUUAAAACCAAAGGAUCUGAUGGCAUAUUGUCUGCUUGCAGAUUGCUAUAAAUGCACAUUUUUGUGAGCCCUUUCUUGUGAGCCCUUUCUUCAGAGCACUUGAAUUCAUCGUAAAAGCUGUUGUAGGCCCUUGUCGGAUGGCAUUAUCAGCUAGUGAAGGACUGCAGCUCCUGGCAGACUGCUGCAAAGCUGCAUUCCAAGUGGGACACGCUAGAAGACCAAUUUGGGCAUUUUAGUAAUAUUGGCCAUGUGGCUGAUCUGACAUUAGUGGUUCUUUGGUAAUUAUCUAGGCGAGGUAAUUUAAGUGUAAUACGGUAUUAACAUUUAAUGAAACCUAAUCAGCAACUGGUUGACCAAAUUGCAAUUUUAAAGGGGGAAGGUUUAGAAUAUUGUAUGUUGUCACUCUGUUUCAUUUUAAAUAAAAAUGUUAGGGUUUUUUUUAAGUUAUUGGUUAGAUCAUCACAGAACUUGGUAUUUAUUGUAAUAAUUGAAAUUUUUAUGGAAAUCUUAUGGUGUUGCUCUUUUUGAUUAUUGCUUGUUAGUAACAAAAAUGAGAUGAGUUUGUGCAGUCAACACCCAUGCUUUUACAAGGGGAGAAUGGAUUUUUAGACCUGGCCAGAGUGAGAACACAGAUGAAAAAGUGAUUGAAACUGUGGUGUAAGAGGCUGUUAUUUGCUUAUUCUGUGGUGAAAUACUAAAGUUUUAGUGGCCUGUGGCCCUCCAUAUCAUAGUGGGGUAAAGAGACAUGGAAGACUCUCUACAUUAUUAUCAUCAAAUCAAAACUCUUCUUUUUCAGUGUUGGAGUAAAGAGUAACAACAUCUGCUAAUGGAAUAUGUAUUGUGUCAGUCUUUGUGUGGUCCUGUGAUGAAUUUAAGAGGAUUAGGGUACAGAUUACAAUUUUCUUUAUUUAAUGACAGGAGGAGACAAUGUACUACCAGACUGUCUUUUCAUCAUAAAUUUAGGAAAACAAAGUCCAUUUAUCUCUCUUACUUCAUAUUCAACUUGCUUUUGAAUUGCUUGCCAUCUCUUUCAUUUUAUAUAUUUAACAAUAGCACUUUAAAAAUACUAAUCACCUUACAGUUCAUUGUUCUCACGUGGUCAUGAUUUUUUGUUGUUGUUGCAUCCCUCAGUUGCAUCUUAGUGUGUGUUCUUUCAACUUAGACAAAAGUAAAUUGGAUAAUAGAAUUGUAUAGUCAAGAAGAAUGUACAGAGAAUUGAAGUAUCUCACAGGAUUGCCUUGUGCCAAAUUACUUGUUUAUGAAAGUAUUCAAAAUGUACAAAAAGUUUUUCAGACAUUUAGGAAGAAUUGUCAUUCCAAGGAGCUUGUAAUCAAAGCACAGACACAAAACGUGCCUUAAAUUUUGCUUAUUGAGUUGGUAGUUAGCAUAUGCCAUAUUGAGUAUGUUAUAAAACAGGCCAUGGAAUAAGAUAGCCAUCUUAGCACGAUGGGACGAAUUAGUAGAGGGGAGAGCUGCACUAACAUAACCGCACUUGUUCCUGGCACUUGAGCUACUCUGAUGUGUCAGCAAAGCCUCUCAACCCAUAUACACCCAGUGUUCCCAAUUUAGGAGAAUUCAUUGCAUGUGACAAUUCUGGUUUUUAAAUUUUCAGCUGCUGCAUGUUUGAUUGUGUCCUGGAUAAGGUAGAGAGGUGUGAAUUUGAUGAACAGAUACACCUUGAAAGAGAAAGAUGGCCUGCCAUGGCUAUCCAUUUUCAUGUUGCAACCAAAGUUUUAUGAUAAGAUACAAAAAAGGGUUACAAUUUCAAAUUUGAUGUAAGAGUGCAUUUGACCAAGUCAAGGGGAUUGAUACAGGUUUCUUUCCCCAUAAUAUUUAUCAGUUCUCAUAUUCCCUUGCAUUAUUUUCACAAAAUGAAGUUUCUCUUUCCGGUAAGGUUAUGUAUUGGGCUUGAAAGAGGGACAUUUUUUGAGCCGCUGAAAAGAAAGUAAUUAUAGAACUUUUAACUGCUCUGUUCAUUAGCUUAGUGAAACUUGAUAAUUAGCAUUUGAGCAUCAUUUUGACAAUUUUUUCAGUCUCAGUUUUGCCAUCUGUAAACUCUGUUGUUAAGCUUUAUUGAAAUUCAGGAAACCAUGUUAUGUGAAAGCUACCAUACAUGCAGAAAGUCAUAGUAAAUGUCAUUCCUUUGGCAUCUGUUUUAUAUAAUAGAUGAGAAGUCACUCCCAGAUUUUCUGACUAGAAUUCAAAUGUAGUAUGUAGGUUGCAGACUGUUUAUAUAAUCCAGUUUUGUCUCUGUUUUCUCUGGAGAGAGUAGUGUUCACAAUAAUUUACCUUUGAAUUUAUUCUCUGUUGUUUACAAGAGUUAAUGGAGCACACAUUAGGGGAAGUUUUGAUUUAUUUUUUUAUUAAUUUUCUUUUCCUUAACUAUAGAAAUGUAUGUUUUGUUUUACAGAUGUACUUAAAAAAAUAUUUUUAUACACAAAUAUCGGUUUAGUGUCAGUAGCAUAAAGUUAAGGGUCAGAUUUUUACUUUCAUAGGUAUGAGUCUAGUACUUGUUAAUCAACAGUAUGUAAGUGUGUUAAAGAGAGUGCACACAAGUGAGAGUAGUUCAUAAUUUGCCACUUGUCAUGGUCUGCAGAGUUUCAUACUUUCACUGAGAUGUUAAGAAAACCUUAAUUUCAGUGAAUUGCUGUUUGUGUUGAGUUUUUUUUUAAUAAGCUUUAUAGUGCAUGCAGGUAAUAGAACCUUACAAACCUCCCAAGUGUUCUUACUACAAAAUUUUGGUUUAUGAUCUUAUGUACUGUAUAUGUAUGGUGGGUUUGUAUUGUCUGUGAAAUAUGAAUAAGGGCUUGUCCAUAAAGUAACUGUAAAUUCUUUAAUUUUUGUGUAAGAGCACUUACACUGGGGUGUUGGUUAACCCUUCUAGUGUUGCUGUGUAGACUGAUCUUAAUAACUUUUGCAUUUUAUACUCAUUGGCUCCUGAAUUCUUGCAGUAGGCAUUAUGAAACAUCCAUUCUGUUACCAUAAACAGAAACAAACAUUCAUUCUGUCACCAUAAAAAUGUAUUAUCUAAAUAUAAUGUGAAUUAGUUGUUUCUUAUGCUACACAAUUUUCUCUUCUUCACAGAAAAACUGUGAUAAAAGAAUUAGUUAUGAUAGGAUUGAAGUUCACACUAAAACUUAAGGCUGCCCAAGGUCUCCAUUGAUGUCAGCAAUCUACCUCUGUGACACACUCUACUUCUGCCUCCUUUGGAGGACUGAGGGAGCUCUGUUUUCCUAAAUUAAUAUGCAUUUGCAGUUGCUUUCACAUCAUGUUUGCAUUUACGUGGCACACUUGAAUACCGAAAUAAUUGACUGUGUGGUGGAUUUCUUCAGUAUUUCAGUACGUCAGUAUCAUCAAACUGCUAAUAAUUCCAAUAUCUGUGUGUGAAUACAAGUGUUGAAGAACUAAUGCUCUGAAGCCCCCCACCCCUUAACCUACAGUGUUUCCUGAUGCUGCAUUAAACUGUUUUUCUUAAUCUUGUUUUACUACUCAUGGGCUUUGAACUUAACAGACAUUUUAAACUAAAACUUAGGCAUAUGUCAUUCCUACUUGUCUUUCUUACUUUUGGGUGCUAGCUCCCUUUUUAACAUGCUCUGUUGAUGUACUAUAGGUUGUUUCAUGUUUCCAUUCCUGCAUUUAAGGGCUCGCAACAUAUUAUUCCAGCUUGGUCACAUUCCAUAUUUUCCGCUUCAUAUCAAUUAUGACUAUCUGAAUGAUUGUUUUAAAUCCUGUUUUCUCCACCAAAAAAAUCUUUCCUUUUAGGCUUUCCAUUAUGUUUUGAAAGGUCUUGAUGAGUACAUGUAUGAGUUAACUCCUUGACCUCAUUCCAUCUUCCAAGAAAAUCUCUUUUCUCCCUUGCUUGCCUUUGAGAACUAAAGGAAGAGGAAAUAAAUUAUUGCAAGUGCUCUUUUUUCUUUAGUAAGUGCCUUCCUUACUAACCUGGUUUGUCCUUAAUUGUUUUUGUUCUUUCUGCCUCCUCUGCUCCCAGGCACAAACAAGCUUUUUCUCAUGUUUGGCUUGUUCAGUCAUGGAAACUUUUUCAGUUGUUUACUGUUCUGAAAAGAGGUAUAGAAUUGCAUAUAUACUCUGGAGGGCAGGAAAUAAUAAGUAAACUUCACAAGUUAGAGAAGUAAUUAAAUGGUUAAGUGUUUUUGUCUUUUUUUCUGGAGGGAUUUUAUAUAUGGUUUAGGUAAUAGCUCAAGAUUUGUUAGUGAAAGGGUUUUUUCUUUUUUUACAUUUUACCUGUUUAAAAAUCUUUAUAUUAAUGUUAAUAUUUAAUAUAAAACUCCUGACUAUUCAAGCAGUUUAUAGAGAUUAAUUUUAGUCUUGCCUAUGAGGCAGAAAAUUUAUGUUUCACUGAUGAAGGAGAGAUGUUAACUUGCCCAAAGUUGCCUUGGUAAGUCUGUGAUGAGCAAGGAAUAGAUGCUAAUACCCUCAGUUAUUAUGUGCCCCAAGUCCAACAGAGCCCUACUGUACCUGAAAUGAAACAGUACCAAUGUAAGAUUAGCUUUCUUUUAUCCCAGUAUCAGAGAUUUUAAAUUUUGUGUUCUGUGUUCUAUACUAGUAUAAUUUAAAGCAAAAUUAAGGCAGCCAUAAAAUAGGCUUUCUGCAUUUUGUUUGCAGCUCCUUUGCAUUGUGUGCAUUGUUAUUGUCUUGUUGAUUUGUUCUGUUUUCUGUGAACGCUGCUAUGGAAACAAGCCACAGAGAGUAGCAGUCGUAGGAGAAGCAUGAUAUCCUUCACUUUCAGAUGACUGGUCUGAGUUUAGUUCACCUUGCUUCUGGUCAAAACCUGCUGCCACUGUGAGGAAUUGUCAUAAUGUGAGGAAUUGAGCAUAAUGAUGUUGUGCUGGAUCUGUAUUUUUGACAUCCACUUGUAGAGAAGACAGUAAUGCAAUAAAGAACAUUCAUGCACAAAUAUUCAGCGUAGAAUGUAAUACUGACUUAACCCUUCUUUUGUAUACCUAGAUCAGUUCCUGCUGUCUUGCUGUUGUUUUUUCUUGAGGCAUGAUAGUAACAUACUGCUUCUCUAUACCUUUGGAUAUUUUUUUUUUGUUAGAUUUCUCAGUUUUAUGCUUCCUGUUGUCUUGGGUUUUUAUUUUAAGUGUAAAGUUUUACCUUCGCCAGCAAAGGGACAUGAAGAUGGUGAAGAGACUGGAGCAUCUCUCCUAUGAAGAAAGUCUGAGCCAGGACUGUUCAGCCUGGAGAAGAGAAGGCUCAGGAGGAUCUUAUUAAUGUGUGUAAAUACAUGAAGGAAGGGUAUAAAGAGGAUGGAGCCAACCCCUUUUCAGUGGUGCCCAGUGACAGGACCAGAGGCAAUGG